GGAGCAUGUGUUGCAUAUUUUAUUGACACGUUAACUAGUACAUUGAUAAUGUCACAAAAAACUUGAUAAUUGACAUUUCCGCCGUACAGGCGGUACUUAGAUGCCUAUGUCUAAUAUCAUAAUAAUAAUCAGAAGAAUAACAAUUAAGAAUUAUGAUAACUUGGAACUAUUGUGGCAUUAUAUUGUUCAAUUCCCUAUUGAUCAUAUUAAUACAUGUUCAAAAAUCAAAUCUUGAAAAAUGUUAUUGUUAUGUAAACUCAACUAAUAAUAAUAAUAAUAACACAAAUGUUAUCCAAUUAACUCAUUGUUCAUUAACUCAAUCAUUAUUAAAUUAUUCUGAAGAAAUAUCAUGUGAACGAGUGAAUAAAUUCAUUUGUAUCGGUCCAUAUAAUUCAAAUGAUGAUACUUCAAAUGUACAAUUAUCAAUUAAUCCAUGGGCAUUUUCAAAUUUAUUUAUUAAUAAUUUAAUCGAUACAUUACAACUUGAUUUCAAUAUUCCUACACAUCAAAUUAAUGCAUUAACUUUAGCUGGUACCGAUGGACUGAUAAAUCUUCUGGCACGUACAAGUUUAAUGCAUUGGGAUAGUUGUAGUUUUAGUGGUUUAAUUAAUCUACGUGAAAUUACAUUGAAUUGUAAAGCUAAAUAUCCGGAAUAUUUAAUAUUUACUUCAUUAAUCUCUGUUAUACGAUUUGUUGAUUGUGAAGGUGUCGCAUUACAAUUUUAUUGUAUUCAAUGUAUACAAAAUCCUAAUGUUCAUGUGAUACGUAUAAGGCCAGGACCACCGUUAAGACAAUAUCUAGUGAAAUUUACACGAUUCUCAUCAUCAUCAAAAUCAUCGCCAUCAUCUUCAUCGCCAUCGCCAACAUCGUCAUUGUUAAAUGAUAAAUUAACUGAUCAUUUACCAUUGGAUAGUUGUGUUUAUGGUGUCUGUUCAGAUGAUAUGCUAUGUAGAAAUAAUUUACCAUUAAAACAAGCUCAGUCUGGUAUAGAUCAACCUGAAAAACCUAUCAUCACCAUUGUAUCAAAUAAUCAAUUCAUCAGUCCAACUAUAAAUUCAAUGGAAUUAUUCAGUAGUACUCAGCCUCCUACAUUGGAAGUACCAACAGUGAUAACAACUGUAUCAACUGUGAUACAAUCGGCGAAUACAACACCACCACCAACAACAACACCAGUGUUUAAUAAUAUUGUUGUCCUUACAAAAUAUGGUCAUAGUAAAACCGAUCAUCGGCAUAAAAUUUGGAUUGUUUCAGCUAUAAUCUUACUGAUCAUAUUAUUCAUUGUAACUUUAGGCAUAUUAAUUAUUAUUAAUUAUCAACGUAAAUCAAAGCAUCGUUUGAAAAUUUUACGAUCUAAUAAAUUAUUCUAUCAUCAUCGUAAUCAUGGUGGUGGUAUUCAGCAUCAGCAUCAACAUCAACAUCAUCAUAAUAAUACGUUGAAUGGUAAAACAAAUCAACACAAUGCAUUGAUUACUGUCGAUGAUGAGAAUCGUAUUGAAUUACCGGAUAUUGUUUCGUGUAAAUAAUCAACUAAUCAGAAUGAUUCAUUGAUAGAAUAACAAGACUAUAUAUUGAAUGAGUAGUAAGUAUUCUGUAUGAGACUACUACUAUAAAAAAAAAGUAAAACAACUUAUUUUUCUCUUCGUCUAAUCUUUUCAUCAACUUCGUGUUGUUGUUGUCAAUGUCUUUCUAAAAAGAAGGAUGUUUCUUUCAUCAACUCAUACAAAUUAACCUCAAAGAUCAAAUGAAUUAUCCAAAAAACAACUUGUUCAAUGUUCAAUACAUUUAACAGAAUUAUCAAUGUGAUAGAUAAGUUAAUAAUUUGCAAUAUUUUUUAGUCAUAAUUAUUUUAUUUUCUUUUUGCAAAUUAGUUCAAAUGGACAAACUUUUAACUCUUUUACUAGUGUCUUCCUUUUUAACCACCUACCUACAUUGUACAUUGUACAUUGAACAAAUAUGUAAGAUGAAAAAAAACACAUUUAUUUCAGACAAUAAUGCAUUUAAUUUAUUCAGUUAAUAUUUCUUUUUUUUUUGUUUUAGUGUACUUACUUAUUUUUAAUCAAAUUAAAUAUGGUGCCCAGUAUUUCGAUAUUUUAUUUCAUACGUGAAUAUAUCUAUCUAUUUAUCUAUCUAUCUAUCUGUAUAUGUGUCUGUCUGUAUGGUGUAUAUUUUGUCCAGACCUUUUUUCCCAACCAUAAAUCAUCAAUAAAAAUUGAUUGAUUCUGAGAUAAUAUUUAUAUAUUUAUAUGUAUACAAUUUGCAAUAUGUACAUACAUACAUUCAAGCUUACUUA